AUGCUAACAACCACGGACUCGUCAUUUCUCUGCUCAGAAAUAGUAUUCUCGUUUUUAUUGCUUGUCAUCAGCGGCUUAGUACUCGUUUUACUGCGAUAUUUUCUCCCUCUCCGGAGAACACCUUUCUAUCUUCUUAUUCCUAUAUUUCUUGCACUAGCUCUACCAGCCAGUAUCAUUCUCCUGGUACCAAUCGAUCUCGCGUCAAACGCACGAGAUCCGGAACUUGGAAUUCAUAGAGGAAUCUUACUUCCUACAGGAAUUUUACUAACAUCAUGGCGCAUCCUCUAUUGGGAAACCUUUUUUCUUACCUGGUUUAUUCUCCCUAUUCUUGCAGAGUACGCAGACGCUGGUUACCGUGAUAUAAAGGCGCGACUAUUUUGGUCUCUAAAACGUAGUCUGGGUUAUCAGGCUACCCUUUUGGCAUCGGGACUCAUCCUCAUGAUAUACUUAUUCGUACACUCUGGCGUGUCCCCCAACACAUUCAAAGCAAUAUUAAUGGCGACUGCAUAUUUCUGGGGCCUCACAUUUGCAAUUUAUUUAAUGGGUCAUGGUUUAGUUUCUAUCCCACGGAGGUUUUUUCAAAAUGCCAACCUCAGGAAAAGUCUUGAUCGAUUAUACAUUCACACGGCUCAUACGUAUGAGAAUCUAACUGAUGCCAUACACCAUUUCGAAUGUUUAGAAGCCCAAAUAGUAGAAUUACGCAGGAGAAAAUCCAGUCUCGGGUUAGAGCUCCAGGAUUGGAUUGAUGAACUAUCUGACGAUAUUGAAACUCCUAGGGUCAUGCCACCCUUUAUCUUGCGGCAAAAUUCUUCUCCUGAUAUCUAUGUUCCACGUGUUAUAACCGAACACUAUUUGGCAGAUCUCAGUCGGAAAAUCUCCCGCGCCCGUCACUCCAAAGCUCGUUACCAACACGAAUGGGAUAGAACUGAGAAAAAGGCCUGCACCACUCGAAAUACGCUAGAAGGUUUCUCUGCGGGCAAAAUUCAAACAGGACAACUUUCUACAAGAGAUAUUUCGACAUGGCAAAAAUACUCUCUACUUACCCCACGAACACGGUUCUACUUCAGAUGCUACUUGCUACCUAAUAUGAAUCGACUUUUAGGUAUUCUGUUCUCACUGGCAUCUUUUUUCAUUGUCUGGUCUGAGCUUAUCAAGCCUAUUAAUCCCCAUUUUUCAAUCAUAGCACUCACUAUCAUCCAUCACCCUAACAACGAGAAUGGAGAGAUAGGUUUAGCUGGGCAAAUAAUUGCCGCCGGAUGGAUCCUGUAUAUGUGCUUUGCAGCAUUAAUUUCUCUCACAGAGGUAAAGGUCUGGCGAGGUCGAGCCUUAGUACGUCGAAAUACACAUGGUGAGAGCGCGAUGUGGUACUCAUACCAAGUCGCAAAACUUAGUGUACCACUUGCAUUUAAUUUUCUUACAUUUUUGGAUCCGGAUAUUUACAAGAGGACCGUGUUUUAUGGGUUCCUGGGAAAUCUCAUUAACCUCACGCCGUUAUCAAGCUGGUUCGACACACUAUGGCCAGUUUUUAUCCUUUUUCCUGUCUGUGCAACACUCUUCGGCUUGUAUGGCAAAUUAUAUGACUGCAUAGGAUACGGUGAUAUCAUUAACGAUGGACAAGAGUCUCAUGAUUCAAAUUUUUCCAGCGUAGAUUCUUGGUCCGAGGGGAAGCGCCUGAUUGAUGAAGCCUGCGGUGUCUCGACCCGAAACCAGGCAAAUCGAUAUUCAGAUCAACAAGAUAAUGUACCCAGCGCAUCGAAUGUCUAUCCCACUCCAACCUUUCCUGUCUAUCAGGUAAAUGGUCAUCAUAACAUAAACUCUCCGACAAUAGCACCGAAUCGACAGUUUCAGAAUGAAGAUCCGGGUAGUGACGAAAAUUCCAUGAGAGCAUUCGGACACCGACUAAGAAAUACUGUUGAAACCUUUCAGACCCCAAAAUGGUUCCAAAAUAUUGGUGAAACCGUUAAACUGCCACAUUGGAUGGGACCCCGUGAACGAGCACCAGAAAGCCAUGUGGAUCGACUCGAUAAUUCCCGCUGGCUUGGAGGAAAUCAGCAAGGAAGGUUGCGUUUAUGA